AUGUCUGGUCUUUGCUCGCCACCACCACCGGCAAACUUUUUAAAGUUGUCAUUUCCAAAGCCAAAGGUGCUGCUAGUGACGAUCAAUCGUGAGAAGCAACGAAAUGCACUGCCUGCUGAGGCUCAUUGGGAAGGUCAUGGCAUAUUCUCCUGGUUUGAUGAUGAGCCAACCUUGCUUGUAGCUAUUGUUACUGGAGCUGGCAGUAAAGCUUUCUGUGCAGGUCAAGAUUUGACAGAACAAGCCUCCUCCCGCCGGGGCCCCAAGACCGCGGCCCAACUUGCUGUGUUGAACCACCCACCAACAGGUUCCUCCAGUGACAUGGUAGUUGCAUCGCCCCAGGCUCUAUUCGGACUUCCCGAGGUCGCAGUUGGUCUAUAUGCUGCAGCUGGAGGGUUGCCUCGCUUAAUGCGAAUCAUUGGUCUUCAGCUCGCAUCCGAGAUUGCCAUGACUGGCCGCAGGUUGACAGCCCAGGAAGCCCUGGAGUAUCGGCUUGUCAACCGGGUUUCUCAAACUCCUCAGUCCGUUUUUGAUGAAUGUCUCAGCCUGGCGACUCAGAUCACUAGCUUCUCUCCUGAUGGUAUUAUUGUGACACGUCAGGGGCUGCGUGAGGCAUGGGAUAACGCUAGCGUAGAACAUGCUACUUCACGAACUAGACAUGAAUAUGUGAAUCGUCUAAUUGCGGGCGAGAACUUUAAGAUUGGGGUGGAGGCAUUUGCCCAAAGGUCCAAGCCAAAAUGGGUUCCUUCGCACUUAUAA